AUGCCAUAUUAUCGUCUUAAGGAUCUCAUAAAGGCCAUUCGUGCCUGUAAGACUGCAGCUGAUGAACGAACUGUCAUACAAAAAGAGUCAGCAGCAAUACGUACAAGUUUUAAAGAAGAAAAUAAUGAUGCACGACAUUCAAAUGUGGCAAAACUACUUUACAUUCAUAUGUUGGGUUAUCCAGCUCACUUUGGUCAAAUAGAAUGUUUAAAACUGGUUGCUUCAAACAGAUUUGCAGAUAAAAGGCUCGGAUAUUUGGGAAUAAUGCUUUUAUUGGAUGAGAAUCAAGAAGUAUUGACUUUGGUUACUAAUUCUUUGAAAAAUGAUAUGAACCAUGCAAAUAUGUAUGUUGUAGGAUUAGCUUUAUGUACUUUGGGUAAUAUAUCAUCACCAGAAAUGGCACGUGAUUUAUGCGCUGAAGUUGAGAAAUUAUUGAGCAACUUCAAUACUUAUAUUAGAAAAAAGGCAGCGUUAUGCGCAAUGCGUAUUAUUCGUAAAGUCCCUGAAUUGCAAGAAAAUUUUAUAUCAAAAGCAAAAUCCCUCCUAAACGAUAGAAAUCAUGGAGUUUUGCUUACCGCCAUAACUCUUAUAAUAGAAAUGUGUUCAAUCAAUUCAGAAGCUUUACAAACAUUUCGCAAGGCAGUUCCAUUGUUGGUUCGACAUUUGAAAACUUUGGUUUCUGUUGGAUUUUCUCCUGAGCAUGAUGUUGGUGGUGUGGCUGAUCCAUUUUUACAAAUUAAAAUAUUAAAGCUUUUAAGAAUUUUGGGUAAUGGUGAUUCUGAAGCUAGCGAGACAAUGAAUGAUGUUUUGGCACAGGUUGCAACAAAUACCGAGUCAUCAAAAAAUGCUGGGAAUGCAAUUUUAUAUGAGACUGUAUUAACUAUCAUGGAAAUUCAAUCGGAGAGUGGUCUACGUGUCUUAGCAAUAAACAUCCUAGGAAAAUUUUUGACAAAUAAAGAUAAUAAUAUUAGAAAUAUAAUACUUGAUUGUUUACGUGAUGCUGAUAUUUCAAUUAGAAGGCGUGCAUUAGAGUUAGCUUUUGCAUUAAUUAAUGAGUCAAAUGUUAGAGUUUUAACUCGUGAGUUGUUGGCAUUUUUGGAGGUGGCUGAUAAUGAAUUUAAACAAGGCAUGACCACAAAGAUUUGUUUGGCUACUGAUAGAUUUGCUCCUAAUAAAAGGUGGCAUAUUGAUACAGUAUUACGAGUAUUGAAAUUAGCAGGUAAUUAUGUCCGUGAAGAGAUACUAUCAAAUUUCAUUCGACUUGUCGCUCAUACAUCAGAAUUGCAUGCCUAUACUGUACAGAGACUAUAUUCUGAUUUAAAAGAUGAUAUUUCUCAGGAAUCACUAACAUUAGCUGGUGUUUGGAUAAUUGGGGAGUAUGGUGAUGUAUUGAUUAAAGGUGGUAAUUUUGAAGAAGAAGGACUAGUAAAAGAGGUAACAGAGCCUGAUGUUAUUACUUUGAUUGAAUCAAUUUUAGCUGGACCAUAUGCAAAUCAAAUCACCAGAGAAUAUUCGUUAACAGCGUUGAUGAAAUUAACAUCACGUUUCACAAAUUCAUCUGUCAUCCAAACCAUUAAAUAUAUAAUUGAAAGAUACAAAUCCAGUAUAGAAGUUGAGAUACAACAACGUUCUGUUGAAUAUACUAACCUAUUUGAUUUUGAUAAUAUUCGAUCUGCCGUACUUGAAAGAAUGCCUGUACCUGAUUAUAAAGAAGAAUCUUCCACUUCACGUCCAGUUUAUGACAUAAUAUCUGAUGAGAAUAAUGGUAGUGGAAGUGGAACAAAUAGUGGUGAUAUUCUUUUAGAUUUUGAAAGUGAAGUAGUUGAUAGUGGUAAUCCUUUGGAUAGCUUACUAGGAUUAGGAAAUGCAUUUAUCACAACAGAACUUGGUAGUCCAGAUCCAUAUGUGGCCUAUAACAAAAAUGGUUUUAAGAUUACAUUAAAACCAUCUAAAAAUAUUGACAACCCAAAUCUUCUUGAUAUUUUGGUUACGUUUUUGAACGUUGGAGUGGGAUCGUCUGUUCAAAAUCUUUUGUUCCAAGCUGCUGUUCCUAAAACUCAAAAAUUACAAAUGCAACCACCUUCCGCAACAACAAUUAUACCUGGUUCAUCAGCAACUCAAUUAAUUCGUGUUAUGAAUCCUGCAAAGAAUUGUUUAUCAAACAUCAGCAGGUGGUAA